GGGCAUUGUGGUCAUUUAGGCGCCGGAAAAACGAUGUACAUGCCUGUAUUACUCUGUAUCUAUCGAUUUCAGUUAGAGAGGGAAAACUAGAUUUUGUUACUAUAAAUUGACACCAGUAUGAAGAAGGCGGAAAACACCAUUUUCAUUUUUCCGAUCUGCAGCAGUUACACAUUCAUCCAGAGUGCUUCUGCACCACUUCAAUUAAACACACACACACACACACACACACACACACACACACACACACACACACACACACACACACACACACACACACACACACACGCACAUUCGGUGUGAUUUUAGUUCACCGGUGAUCGAUAUGGCUUCUUCGCCUUCUGUGGAAUUAUCCAACGGCAUCAACGGACUGAGUUCUGUCAUUCUCCAUCAACUAGCUAACGGCUUCACAUACUCCGCCGAGAUUCUUCUCUACGGAGGUCAAGUAAUUUCAUGGAUGAAUCAACGUGGAGAAGAGCUGCUUUAUCAGAGUGAGAGGGCCGUUUUCGAACCUCCGCAUCCGGUUCGUGGAGGCAUCCCAAUUUGCUUCCCGAGGUUUUUCGGCUUCGGAGACGUGGAGGAUCAUGGAUUUGCUAGAACCAGAAUGUGGAGACUCGAGAAUUUGAUAGACGAUAUGGAUUUCCCCCCUCCCGGCCCCGAUAAAGCAUUUGCUGAUUUCAUCCUCGAUAAUAUGCCCGACGACUUCCCACACUGGCCUUAUAACCAUAGAUUCGAGCUCCGUUUACGUGUUAUCCUGGCACCCUGCGGAGAUCUGACUAUGAUAUCUCGUGUCAAAAACGUCAACACUAACGGGGAACCUUUCUCAUUCAAAUUCGUCUAUCACACCUACUUCGCUGUCUCGAAUAUCCGUGCAACUCAGGUUGAAGGAUUGGAGGGGGUGGGUUAUGUGGACUGUCUGGAGAUGCACGAGCGAUUUGUUCAAGACGAUGAUCCAAUCACUUUCGUAAAUGAACUCGACAGGAUAUAUCUGAACACUCCUGACGAGGUCACUGUUAGGGACCGUCAGUAUAGACGAACUUAUACCAUUACUAAAAAUGCUGGUCUUCCUGAUAUUGUUGUGUAUAAUCCAUGGGAUUCAAGAAAUUUAGCUGAUUUAGGAAAUUAUGAGUAUACGUGGAUGGUUUGUGUUGAGGCAGCUGCUGUGGAUAAAGAAAUUACGUUGAAUCCCGAUGAAGAGUGGACCGGGAUGCAGCGCCUUUCUUUCAUGGAAUUCUGAUUCAUUUGAUGAUCAAAUAUUAACUGCAGUUUGUUACUUGCUAAUUCUGUUUCCCCCUAUGCAUACAUGUAAUAUUUUGUUCAUAUAGACAAAUAUGGU